AUGGAGGAUGCUUCAAAAUCAAGGCUUUAUGAGAAUAAUUGGAAUACGACAAUGAAUUCUAGGUGGAACAGACUCCUGAUAUUUGUAUUUUGCGUAUUGAUUCAGGCAGGAACUGCUUCAGGAGCUUCGCUAGUUGAUACAUUUGAAUUGGUGGACUCCUCUGAAAUUCAGCCUGUGAAGAGAAUACUGUCGCCAAGUCGCAAGCGGCGGUUGGGAGGAUACAGGCCUCCAGACGAUAGCGAUGUUCACUGUGACUUGUUAUCCCCUUUUCUGCAGUCAAUGUAUCCACAGUGUGCAGAUAGUGAUGAUGAAGAAGAGAUGGACCCAGACGAACGCCCCGAUGAUACGGGUAUUAGGAAUAGCUUAAUUCCGUAUGACCUUUCGGUGGGCAUUAAGAAUCGGGUUUUGAACUUGGAAGAAACCAGAUACGUUCGGUAUGUGGUAACGAAAGCCGUUUCUAAAGCCCUGUCGGACAAUUCUCCAUUUUAUAUCCCAAAAGCAAAGAAAGGUGGCAAUGGCAAUGGUGGAAACAGCAGCAGCAGCAGCAGUAGCGAUGAUAAUAGAGAUGGCAAUAGAGAAAGGCGGUUGGAAACAAAGGAGGAGACGAAGCUCCGUUUGCUAGCGGAAGAAAUGAUGUCAUGGGGAGAGGACACAGACGACGAAUUUGCUUGGGAUGAAGAUUCGCGAUAUGAGCCAACAACAACAACUAUGGCAGGCGAAGACUUACCAUCGCCUAUGAACACAAUAGCACCAACUAUCCCAAACAGGAAUUCAAGCUGGGGUGGAAACUGGAGUGAAAAUGGAACUGAAAGCUGGAUUGGAAAUGGAACUGAAAGCUGGAUUGGAAAUGGAACUGAAAGCUGGAGUGGAAAUGGAACUGAAAGCUGGAGUGGAAACUGGAGUGGAAGUGGGAAUAAUAGUUGGAGCGGAGGAGAGCAGCCUCGGCCUGCUCUACCUGGAGUAUCAUCGUCACCAUAUCCGGCACCGGAAUCUGGUCCACCACCACCAGAUGGAGGAGGCGGAGGUGGGAAUGAUCCUAGCAUAUGGCUUUGGCGUUUCUUUACUUCAGCGGAGACUCCGAUACACUCUCCGACAACCAAUACUCAGGAAGAUGUUAUGUUGUACCCCAUGAGGGUAGAAUUUGUGGCUUGGUGGAGAAAGAGAAACAAGGCCAUUGUAAAACGGCGCGUAUUAUCUGAAGUUCGCAAGGUUUGCUUUGAUGUUUGUAAUCGCGUCAUUCUGAAUGGCGAGUUGUACGAAAAUUUGGUCCAUUCCAUUGAGUGGUAUCUCGAUCACAACAGGAUAAGUCCUCAAGAGGCGGAGAUUGCAGCCUGGCUGCUGGAAGAAGGGAACAUAUUUUUCCUGGACCCAACCGAAGAUAGGCUUCCAACCUAUCUUUAUCCAUUGGAAACGGAAUGGGGAAGACGGGAAUCGGUGGGGGCGCUCCUCUUUUUCUUGACGCUGGUAGUUGCAUGGGGUCUGUUCUUCUUUUCGAUCGCCAAGAAGACGGAGCAACCUGUGCCGGACGGUUCGCAUCUGCUCACAGAAGAUGGAGUGAGAAACUUAUUGACGGUGGGAUGGAAAUAUGAAAAGCAAAAAGACGGAUCGCAACUCUUCCUCAAGGUCUAUGAUAAGGCCAACAUGGGAUACAGCGAUAACGAUUCCGUUAUGAUGGGUGGAGUUGAAAAGCUAGCGAUUGCGGAAGAUCAAGCGGCCCCUGCGGCUCUUACAGAUUCCACCGAUCCGACGGAUCGAGAUACUGCUACUGUGACGAAUCGCACGGUUGGGGGAGAGGGUGCUGGGAGUAGCGGGCAACACUUGUCUGCUACCUUCACCAACAACUCGUCACAGGAAAAUUCGGAUCGAGAUGAUGACAACAACUCUGAAGACAAGCGAAUGCCGAGUCUGAAGUCAAAGUCGUUCGACACUAUAUGA